AUGUCUUCUGCUCCACGAAGCCGCCCCCAGACUCCGGAUCGGCGAGCGGUCGACCUGGACCCCAGUAUGUGCAGAAGCGUCUUCUGGGUGAGCAACGUGCACUGCUCCUCGUGCGUGUCCUACGUCAUCGAGGUUCUGUCGGAAAUCCCAGGAGUCAAAGACAUCGAUGUUUCGAUUCUGACACACGAGGUGCGCGUCGUCCACGGAAUCACGACGCGGCCCUCCGACCUCGCCACUGCGCUGAUCCAGGCAGCCUUUGAGGUACACCAUGCGACGACCUACGAUGAACGGGGAACGAUUGUUGCUGACCUGGACACCGCAACCUGGAACCCUCGAGGCUCGGCGCUCUUCUCAACGCCUCGGACCUCGUACUCCAGCCUCUCUUCCAAUAUAAAAGAGAGACUUCAGACUAGAGAGAAGCGACAUAUCGCCAAUUGUGAUGCCUGCAAAAAGGAAGAGGCUGCAAGCUGCUCGGAGACAGAGACGGGGACUCUCUCAGAGAAAUCCCCUGCUGCCUUGUGGGAAUCGCCAAAGCCAGCCCAGGGCCCAAAGGCACUAGACUCGACUCCGGAGCAUCCAAUAUAUGAAGACCCGUUGUCGGUUGAUACCUCUGAAACUCAGGUAGAGCUCGAGGCCCCCUCAUUACCUACCGAUAAAUCCCCAGCAGCAUCUGUGGACGAGUUCAAUGCGCGGAUCAGCAUUGGGGGCAUGAGCUGUGCAUCAUGUGUCAACAGCAUCACCGGCGAGCUCCGGGGUCUUGAUUUCGUCAAGGAAAUCGCCGUCAAUCUCCUCACCAAUAGCGCGACAGUGAGAUAUAUCGGUCCUCGAGAGAACAUUGACAAGAUUAUUGAGCACAUCGAAGAUAUCGGAUUUGAAGCCUCUCUCGAUGAAGCGAAUCCGGUUCCAAAAGACGAACUCUCCCCGGGUUAUGUCAGUGAGAUCGCCAUAACUGGUAUGACUUGUGGUUCUUGCGUUGGGACCGUUUCUCGCGGGCUGGAAGAACUGCCCUUUAUCCGCGAUGUCUCUGUGAAUCUGCUCUCGCACAGUGCGAGGGUGGAGUUUGAGGGGCGGGAAAACCUCGAUGAAAUUGUGGAAAAGAUAGAAGAUCUGGGCUACGACGCUGCAGUCAACAACAUCCAGCCACUGAAAGAUAACAAGGACUCUACUGCCGUCCAGGCCAGAACUAUCUCCAUUCUAGUCGAUGGAAUGUUCUGUCAUCACUGUCCCGAAAAGAUUCUGGCGUCCAUCGAGGAAUCGCUCCCAGACGUCACGGUGGAAGAAACGUUGUGCGAGAAUAACCCCAUCCUCAAAGUUACCUAUAUGCCGCGGUCACCUUCCCUCACAGUUCGCACGAUCAUCUCGACCAUCAAUUCCGCAAAUGACGCUUUCGCCGCCAGCGUCUAUCACCCACCCAGCAUCGAAGAACGCUCGCGCGCGAUCCAGCAUCAUGAGCGACGCCGAUACCUUACUCGGUUGCUCUUUACGUUUGCCGUGGCAAUCCCGACAUUCCUUAUUGGAAUCGUGUUCAUGUCUUUGGUUUCGUCGCAAAACACAAGCCGACAGUAUCUGGCACAGCCUAUGUGGUCCGGCAGUGUGAGCCGCACGGAAUGGGCCCUCUUCAUCAUGGCAACACCCGUCAUGUUCUAUGGCACAGAUGUGUUUCACACCCGGGCUAUGAAAGAGAUCUAUGCUCUCUGGCGGCCGGGAAGCCGAGUCCCCAUCCUGCGUCGGUUCUAUCGUUUCGGCAGCAUGAACCUUCUGGUCUCUGCAGGAUGCGCAGUGGCUUAUUUCUCAUCGUUGGCGGUGCUCAUCAUGGAUGCAGUCGCGGGCACCAGAUUCAGUGCUCCUAGCACGACGUACUUUGACUCGGUCGUCUUUUUGACCCUCUUCAUCCUCGCUGGUCGGUUUUUGGAGGCAUACAGCAAAUCCAAAACCGGUGAUGCAGUCACAUCUCUGGGCAGCCUUCGACCUUCAGAGGCACUCCUGGUUGAGAAUACACCCGACUCCAACGAAGACAGUACUGGAAUUCAGCGGAUCAAUGUGGAUCUUCUCGAGAUUGGGGAUAUCGUCAGCAUUCCCCAUGGCGCAUCUCCGCCGGCGGAUGGAGUCAUAACCGAUACCGCACCCAGCCAGUUCGACGAAAGUUCCUUGACGGGAGAAUCGAAACCAGUCAAGAAAUCCAUUGAUGAUCCGGUCUACACUGGCUCCGUGAACGUCGGCCAGCCGGUUCGGAUCCGAAUCACCGAGCUCGGCGGAUCAUCCAUGCUUGACCGGAUCAUUGCAGUUGUGCGCGAGGGUCAAAGCAAGCGUGCACCCCUUGAGCGGAUUGCAGACCUGCUCACCUCGCAUUUCGUUCCCCUGAUCACUCUGAUCGCUGUCACAACGUUCAUCAUCUGGCUUGCCCUCGGACACUCCGGUGUGCUUCCUGCGGACUAUCUGGAUGUGGAGCACGGCGGUUGGACUUUCUGGAGCCUGGAGUUUGCCAUUGCGGUGUUUGUGGUAGCAUGUCCCUGCGGGUUGGCGCUUGCUGCCCCUACCGCGCUCUUUGUCGGAGGAGGCUUGGCGGCAAAGCAUGGGAUUCUGGUCAAGGGAGGCGGAGAAGCUUUCCAGGAAGCUUCGCGGCUUGAUGCUAUUGUCUUUGACAAAACUGGUACUCUUACUGAAGGAGGUAGUCUGAAGGUCUCGGAACAUGAGAUUUUGACCAAAGACAAUGCCCUCCUCGAAGUCGCAUGGACACUGGCGAGCAAGCUGGAGGAGAGCAGCAAUCACCCAAUUGCUCAGGCUAUUGCGGACUUCUGCAAACCUGAGAAACCAAUCUCUAUCAUAUCCACUGACAUCCGCGAGGUCUCCGGCCAGGGCAUGAAGGGUGUUUUCACCGUAGCAGAAGAUCAGUCUACCAUGCGAUACGAAGCAGCAAUCGGCAACGAGCGUCUUCUGCACAGUUUGAUUUCUUCCGAAGAAACAGACACAUAUUUUAUUUCAAACCUGCUCUCCAAAUUUCAAUCAGCUGGCAACUCGACCGCCAUCCUCUCCCUCCGCCGACUUGAUUCUCCGUCAUCCCAAUUCAUACCCGCCAUCAUCUUCGCCACCUCCGACACCCUGCGCCCUGAAGCCGUCCAGGUCAUCUCCCAGCUGCACAAACGCCGCGUCGACGUCUUCAUGUGUACAGGCGACAACCAGACCACAGCACAUGCAGUCGCCGAUAUGCUGGGCAUCUCCCGCUCCAACGUGAUGGCCAACGUCCUCCCAGCCGAGAAGGCGACUUUCGUCCGCCAGAUCCAGGAAGGAUCCCUGCGCUCUCCAAGCUCAACAACAACAGACGCCAGAAAGAAGACCACGAAAGAGAGUAACACAGCACGACCCAUCGUCGCCUUCGUCGGCGACGGCAUAAACGACUCCCCCGCGCUAGCAGCUGCAGACGUUAGCAUCGCGAUGGCCUCGGGCUCCGACGUGGCCAUCAACUCUGCAGGCUUCAUCCUGCUAAACUCCGACCUCAGCACGAUUCUCCAGCUCGUCGUGCUUAGCAGGCGCGUCUUCAAUCGUGUGCGCAUGAACUUUGGCUGGGCCCUCGUGUACAAUCUCUGCCUGGUCCCUGUGGCCGCGGGGGUCUUUUAUCCGAUUGUCAGUGGUCAUCACCAGAUGACGGGGGCGGGAGGGCAGGCCGUUCGCGUUGAUGAUCAUUGGAGACUCAGUCCCGUGUGGGCGGCGCUCGCUAUGGCGCUGAGCAGUAUUUCGGUUGUGUUGAGUAGUUUGGCGUUGAGGAUUGAUUGGGAGGAUGUGAAGAAGAUGUUUGGGCGGAAGAAGUCAUGA